CGUAGCAGCCUUCGUCAUCACAAACCAACUAAACCUACCAAAAAUUCACUCUCAAACUCCAUCAUGAACUCUACGAAAUCAAUCAUCGUUCUGAUGCUGUUAGGAGCAGUUACAAUUCUUGGAGCUCCUCAGGGUGAUCUUGCAACUCCUGCUACUAUUAUCAAUGAAUCUCGAGAUGGUCCUAAUCCAGAAGGAUCUUACUCUUAUUCAUUUGAAACAAGCAAUGGCAUUCAGGCCCAAGAGCAAGGAUCUGUCGUAGCAUCACAAAAUAACAAGGAUGAAGGUGCUAUGUCAGUUCAAGGAUCUUAUCAAUACACCGCUGAAGAUGGUAGCAACAUUCAAUUGUCUUAUAUUGCUGACGAGAAUGGAUUCCAACCAAAGGGUGAUCAUCUUCCUGUCGCUCCUGAAAUACCACCAGCCAUCCUCAAGGCUCUCGAAUGGAUUGCUGCCCAUCCAGAGGAAGAUAAUCUCAGAAAGUGAUUUAUUUCUCUAUGAUUACUAUGAUCAUUAUUUCAUUGAGAAAAAUAACUGAUAUAAACGUGCAUAAGUGUGUGUGUGUGUGUGUGUGUGUGUGAGAGAGAGAGAGAGAG